AUGGUACAAGUGUUUGGUCUUCAUCGCUAUCUAGUUGUUGUUGAUUAUAGACCUCAGAAGAAGAAGAAAAAAUGUUGAGUUCAAGGCAGAAUGGUCCGAUCCAAGCUCCGGAGGAUCCAGAAACGAGAGAGAUUGUGGAGAGGACUGCAGCUUUGGUUGGGACACAUGGGUUGUUGAUGGAGAGAAGGUUACUUGCCGUUAACGUGAACGAUGAAAGGUACGAUUUCUUGAGGAGCCGAGAAGACCACCCUUAUUAUGAUUUUUACCGGAGAAAGGUUGUUGAACACGAGCUGACUCCAGAUGAUGAGCCAUCAGGGGAUCUUCUUCUAUUUACGUGCCCUCCUCAAGGGAUCACUCGCAAGGAGUUUGGUGCCCUUAAGCUCACAGCUCAGUUUGUGGCUCGCUAUGGCAUGUCUUUCUGGCGGGAUUUGAUUCAUUGUGUGACUAUGAACCCGAACCCUCUGUUUGAGUUUGUCAAGACAAGUGACAUCAACUUCAGUUUACUCCUCCGGCUUGUUGAUGCGUAUGAGAUGGCGUUGGAACCUUACAAAAAGAGUUGUUUGCAUAGAACUAAUCCGAAGGAGACCGUUCUUGAAGGUUUUUUCUAUCUUGUUCAAGGGGAAAAGCAUUCUGAGGAGGUUGGAGUGCAGUUGGCUACCAUUGAUUUGCAUGCUUUUGUGAGUGGUCUUGAUUUUAUUGCGAGCAGGGAGGUUGGACAGCUGUUACCACCUGGAGUCCUUUCAACACAAAUGCGCUCCGGUGCUCUUCCACCUAGUGAUGAAGAUGAUGAUGAUGAUGAUGAUGAUGAUGAUGAUGAUGAUGAUGAUGCAACACUAGAGGUUCAUCAUCCUUCUCCUGAAGAGCAUCAGUAUUAUCCAUUAACAUAUCCUCAAGGUAUCACGCCCAAACAACUUGGUAUCAUUAAGCUCACAGCACUGUUUUUGGUGCGCUAUUCGUGGGGUUUCUGGGUGGGAUUGCAUACGAGAUUGAUUCUGAAACCUCACUUGCCGUUUGGGUUUUUAUACUCACCUGAUAGGAGCUACCACCUUCUUUUCAAUUGGCUUACCAAUGUGUAUGUGGGAGUAAUGCCUGCCCCAGGUCGUUUGCGGCUUAGCCCUGCUGCUAGGGAGAUCAUACUUGAUGGUUUCUUCUACCUUCUCGAGGAUGGAUCGGACAUAGCUACGAGUGAUUUGCAUGCUUUUGUUGGUGGUAUUGACUAUUUUGCGAAAAGGGAGAAUUAUGAGAAGUCAGCUCUUCUUCCUCAGCAUCCGCAGUCAUACACUUUCAGGUAACUUAAGUGGAUUCUCUGUGGGGAGGGGGACAACUUGCGCAUUACAAUGUGGUGGGAGCAGGAUAAAUCCAAACUUGUUGGAAAUCGCUUAUCAAUCUCGUUUAAUCGUAUUUAGUAGUAGCCCAAUAAAAACUAUCUUCUGUACUGGAUCAAGUUUGUGUUGGUGUUGUCUCUGUAUUACUUAAAACAUUUCUGUUAGCUCAAGUUUGUUUUGGAGUCAACGUGUACUGGUGUCUCUGUAAGCCUCAAACAUAUCUUUUAACUUAAGUUUGAUUAAUUUGGAGUCAACGUGUUGUCUUGUC